CAUAAAUUUUGUUGCCCAAGUUAGAGCUAUCAUUUAAAUGCUCACAUUCUAAUUAUUUGCAUGGUAGGAGGAGAUGAUAUGUAUUGAAUAAUAAUCAGAUAAUCAUUUUCAGAUUCAAAAUAACUUAGCCUAAAACAUGAACCAAUGGUCAUGGGGGUUCUUUUUGAGAAAUUAGGAGGGACUAUGUUUGGUCACUCCCAAAAGUGUUACUCUCUUGGCAAUAUUGCUCUUCAUUCAGCUGCUGAAAUAUCUCAUCAGCAUAUGUUUUUUUAGGUCCAAUUGCAAGUGUCUUUUGAUGGCCAGUAUUGAAAUGUUCUAUGAAUACUUGCUAAACUUGCUGCUAGAAGCUGGGGCUUGAAUUAAAAGUUGUAGCCUAUGCUAAAUACCAAAAUUUAACUGGCAGAACCUGUAUUUUAUUUCCCUAUUAUUUAUUCAUGACAGUUUUUAUUUUUUGUUUGUGUGUGUGUAUCUGUUUGGAAGUUGCCAGGUGUCAGUAAAUAUGUACCUAUUUAAGAUGGGAAUUGAAUUUUUAGUGGUGUAGUUUUGUUGUAUUAGGGAAAAGAUAGAGUUAGGGGAAAUGAAGAGAAAAAUAAGAUUUUAAUAUCAAGAUGUAAUUCUCCUUCUUAAGUAAAUUUUUUUAAUGAUUCAAAAUAUUUCUUACAUGGGAAUUGCCUGUUAAAUGUUUGUCUGACAAGUCCCUUCUUCAAUUUCAGUUUUUAAAGCAACGGGAGUCCCAUAUUGCAUAGAUAUACAAUCCAUCCCAGUAUCAAUCAAAUAGGCCUGCCUGCAGGUUAUUUAGAUUAUAAUUCAUUGCACAUGUACCUACUUUGUACACAAAUAUUUUUCAUCAUUCAAAAGUUUUUAAUAACAGAAAUUUAUUUCAGGUAUUUGAGUUGUUAAAAAGUUUCAGUGCAUACACAUCCAAAAUGGAUAAAAAAAGGAAGUCUCUUGCCAGUCUUUUGUCACUUCAUAGCAAGACCAGUGCUGCUUCCCCUGAGUCCUCUGCAGAACUUGUUGCUUCCCAAAAUUCACCAGUUUCAGACCCUGUAAGCUCUUCAAUUGCUGCUGCAAAUAUUUCAUUAGGGCAAGUCUCAGAUAGUUUGAAUAAACAAAAACUUGGUAAACCAAGAGAUAAAGUUUCAGCUGAGGAAUGUGAUAUUGGGUUAAAAAAAGGAAAGAAGAAGCAUUGUGGUCCCAUAGAAAUGAGCCUGACUAGAAGAGCUCCGCCACCCUUAUGGAAACAGCACAGGAAGACGUCUAAAGAAAGAGUGAUUCGCGACCCUCGUUUUGAUGAUAUGUCUGGGCACUUAGACAUAUCAGCAUUUAGUAAAAACUAUCAGUUUUUGGCUGAAAUGCGACAGAAGGAACGAGCCACACUUCAGCAAGCUUUGUCUCAGGCUGAAAAUCCUGUUGAAAGAAGAAAAAUUAAAAUAGCCAUCCAGAGAAUUGACAAUCAGGAGAGGGAGAAGCAGAAGAUUAUGGAAGAAAGAAGCAUAAAGAAGCAAGAAAAAGAUGCCAUGAUAAGUGCACUCAAAGAAGGCAGAAGGCCUAUCCUGAAAAAGAAGAGUGAUCACAAGUUGGAGGUGCUGGUUAAAAAUUACCAGGCACUCAAGAAAGACAACAAACUAGACAAAUAUCUAGAGAGGAAAGAAAAGAAGAAGAGAGCCAAGGAGCUAUUCAAAUAAAAGUCGAAAACAAUU